AUGAGGUCCGAAAGAUCGUCGAAAGGCCCAUUUGAAGAAGAAGAAGAAGAAGAAGAAGAAGAAGAAGCAUCCUCUGUUAAAUCAGAUGAACACAUAGAGAUAGAAGAUGAAGAUGAAACUUUUGCAGAGGAUCCUGAAACUCCAAUAACACCCUCUUCUUCUUUUGUAGUCGAAAUAAGAUUACCAUCGCGAAUGUUCAUCUCUUCUUCUUUUGUCAAUUAUGUUUAG